UAAAAACGUGUAAUUCUCCACGCUGGCGUGCGGUAGCCAUAUGUGAACCACAUUUCGCUAAUUUUAAUUUAUACAAAAUAAGUCUCAAAAUGGCACAGUUUGAUUUAACGUCCCGCAUGGGACAAUAUCUGGAUCGGCAUUUGGUGUUCCCUUUGUUGGAAUUCUUGUCCGCGAAAGAGAUUUACGAUGAAACGGAACUACUGAAAGCCAAAUUGGACAUUCUCAGUAAAACCAACAUGAUCGAUUAUGCCAUCGAUAUCAGAAAGCAGUUGUACCCAAACGAAGAAGUUCCUGAAGAUUUGAAGCAAAGGCGUGUUCAUGUUGUAGCACAACUUCAAGAACUUCAGCAAGAAGUACAGCCAAUUUUAAAAAUUAUGGCGGAUGAUGAAGUCAUGAAAAACAUGGAGAAUAUGAGGGAUUCCAAAACCUUGAUCAACUUUCUAGCAAAGGACUAUAAAUUUGAAAUCGAGAUGAUUGAAUCUCUGCACAAGCUCGCCAAAUACAGAUAUGAAUGUGGCAACUAUUCCGUAUCAACGUCCUACCUGUACUUCUGCAUGCUAGUGUUACCACCUAGUGACAAAAAUUACUUGAGCGUCCUUUGGGGGAAAUUUGCCUCAGAAAUUUUAGUCCAGAAUUGGGACUCAGCGUUGGAAGACUUGAACAAGUUGCGCGAAUAUAUAGACUCCAGCCCGAAUCAGUUUGGUGGAAACAGCCUCCAGUUGUUGCAACAACGAACGUGGUUGAUCCACUGGUCAUUGUUUGUCUUUUUCAAUCACGCAAUGGGUCGUGAAUUAAUUAUUGAAAUGUUUUUAUACCGACCACACUAUUUGAACGCGAUUCAAACAAUGUGCCCCCACAUUUUACGCUACUUAGCCACUGCAGUUAUUAUUAACAGAGUGCGUCGAUCGGCUCUGAAAGAUCUGGUAAAAGUAAUCCAACAAGAGAGUUACACCUACCGGGACCCCAUAACCGAAUUUUUGGAACACUUAUACGUCAAUUUUGACUUUGAUGGAGCGAGGCAGAAACUGCACGAAUGUCAGUCUGUCCUCUUUAACGAUUUCUUUUUGAUUUCGUGUUUAGAUGAGUUUGUUGAAAAUGCGCGUCUGAUGAUUUUCGAGACUUUCUGCAGAAUUCAUCAAUGUAUCAGUAUUGGAAUGUUGGCUGAGAAGUUAAACAUGAACCCCGAAGAAGCGGAAUGUUGGAUUGUUAAUUUGAUUAGAAAUGCUCGACUUGACGCUAAGAUUGACUCAAAAUUGGGGCACGUCGUCAUGGGAGCACAACCUCUUUCGCCGUACCAGCAGUUGAUUGAGAAAAUCGACACCCUAUCAGUUAGAUCAGAAACUUUAUGUGGGUUGAUUGAUAGAAAAUUGAAGGCAAGAACCGAUAUACGCUGGGGGAAUCAAGAUUUUUGAAGACGUUGUGGUUUUAUAAUAUUGUAAUAAUAAGUAAUGUAAUUAAAUAAAUACAAUAAACUUUGUAUGAGCUGGUAA